CUGUCCCUCAGCGGCCGUGGCGGAGGUUCCGGUGUGGAUGGCGGCCGCAGUAAUGGCGGCUGCUAGCGCGGCACGGGCCGGGCCCGGGGCCCGGGCCCUGCGGGGGUCCUUGCCGCUCGUGGUGAUUCUCGGGGCCACCGGCACGGGCAAGUCCAAGCUGGCGCUGCAGCUGGGCCAGCGGCUCGGCGGUGAGAUCGUCAGCGCCGACUCCAUGCAGGUAUAUGAGGGUCUAAAUAUCAUCACCAACAAGGUCUCCCUCCAAGAACAGAGAAUCUGCCAACACCAUAUGAUCAGCUUUGUGGAUCCCCUUGUGAUGAAUUACACUGUGGUGGACUUCAGGAACAAAGCAACUGCUCUGAUUGAAGAUAUAUUUUCUCGAGAGAAGAUUCCAAUUGUUGUGGGAGGUACUAAUUAUUAUAUUGAAUCCUUGCUCUGGAAAGUUCUGAUCAACACCAAGGGGAAAGCUUUCCAUUCUUCAGAGGAAAUACGUAAGGGAGAGAAAGUGAUCGACAGGAAAAUGGAAUUGGAAAAAAUGGAUGGCUAUGAAUUGCAUUACCGGCUAAGCCAGGUGGACCCAGAAAUGGCUGCCAAGCUGCACCCCCAUGAUAAACGCAAAGUAGCCAGGAGUUUGCAAGUGUUUGAAGAAACAGGAAUCUCACAUAGUGAACUUCUUAGUCGUCAACAUGCAGAAGAAGGUGGGGGCCCCCUAGGGGGCCCCUUGAAAUUCCCUAACCCCUGUAUCUUCUGGUUACAUGCAGAUCAAGCAGUUCUAGACCAGCGCCUGGAUAAGAGAGUGGAUGAAAUGAUAGCUGCUGGGCUUUUGGAAGAGCUGAAAGACUUUCAUAGGCGCUACAAUCGUGAGAAAGUUGCUGAGAAUUGUCAGAACUACCAGCAUGGCAUCUUUCAGUCCAUUGGCUUCAAGGAGUUCCAUGAAUACCUGAUCAGUGAUGACCAAUGCAGUCCAGAAACCAGUAACCUCCUCCUUACGAAAGGUAUUGAGGCUCUAAAACAAGUGACCAAGAGAUAUGCUCGGAAACAAAACAAAUGGGUUAAAAAUCGCUUCUUAAGUCGCCCCGGACCCAAUGUGCCCCCGAUUUAUGGUUUGGAGGUAACUGAUGCCUUAAAAUGGGAGGAGUCAGUUCUGGGACCUGCUCUGCAGAUUGUGGGAAGCUUCAUCCAGGGCAGGCAACCUGUGGCCACUCCCAUCAGAUUGCAGUGUGAUGUAACUGAGAAUAAACGGAGUCAUCACAGAUGUGAACUAUGUGAUAGAAUCAUCAUUGGCGACCGAGAAUGGGCAGCGCAUACAAAGUCCAAGUCACACCUGUACCAGCUGAAGAAAAGAAGAAAAUUGGACCCUGAUGCUGUUGCCACCUCGCCAAGUCAAAGCCAUUUCCCUGAACCUGAUAAAGAACUGCAUGAGAGGGGUUCCCCAGGGCAGAGGGAUGAGGGAUUACAUUUCCUAUUUGAGAAGCCAGUGGCCAGCCAGGUCACAGGCUGACUGACCUCUGCGGCCAGAAAGCAAUGCCUAGCACGGGAGAGGGAGGAGGGAAGGCAGUAAAGAGCAGGCCUUUCCAGAACUGCUGGGACCCUCUGGUGCAAAAGGCUUCAGAGUGGACUGUCUUCGUGGCCCUGGCUGUUCAUGUCAGUCCCUCCACAGGGGGCUGGUAAUAGAGGGCUGGGCGUUGGGGACAGAGGGGUGUUAGUACAAUGACGACACCUCCAAAGCAGAGAUUUGGCCAGGAUAGUGACUGGGACACUCAGGCUUCCUAAUUGGGAGUGUUUAAACAUUCAUUCAUUCCUUCAUUCAUUCAGCAAUUUGAGUGCCUCCUAUGUAUAUCCAAGGCCCUAUGGUGUCUUAUUGUCAAUUACAAAGUCAUCUGAACCA